ACAACACAACAACUAAUGGCCGUCAUAUUCCCACGUUUUCUAAAUUCCCCUAUCCCUCUCUCUUCACUUGCUUCUUCUCUGGCUCCGCCUUCACCCAGGCUUCAAUUCUUUUCAUCUUCUGCACCAUCAUCGUCAUCUCCCAUGGAAAUCGCCCCCCAAAAGUACACGGAUUUCCCAUUCGUCUCUGCCCCACAUAGGAACCUUAUGGUUGAUCUCGUAUCCACGAUGGAGGAUCGUCUGGACUCUCAGCUCAAACCAUGCACUCUACCCUCUGAUGUACAGUAUUACUACACUCCAAGUGGGAACUCCCAUGGCUCACUUUAUAUCAGAUCAGGCCAUACCUCUUCUCCGGUUGAUUUCGUACUAGGAAGUUGGAUACACUGUAAGCUGCCAACAGGGGGAGCACUGAACAUAACAAGCCUUUCAACAUAUCUGAAUGCUUCCACAGAUGCCCCGAAUUUCCUGAUUGAACUCAUACAGAGUAGCCCUACAUCGCUUGUUUUCCUUCUGGAUCUGCCCCCUCGAAAGGACCUAGUCUUAUAUCCCGAGUACCUUAAUAAUUUUUACGAGAACACCCGACUCGAAUCACUUAGGCAAACGUUUGAGGAACUCCCAGAAGUUCAACCUUACUACUCCUCUGCUCUUUACAUUCGGUGCCUUACAUCCCCAACGUCAAUCAUGAUCCGAAUCAAUACGGAGGGAGCCGGAGAAGGACGCAUGGAGGAGAUUAUAAAGGGUCAUGUACAUCCGGUAGCAAAAGAUGCAUUGGGGAUAUGGUUGGACCGAUGCGCAUGCGGACAUAGAAACGUUGAUGAGGCAGGAAAGGCAUAUUUGGAGGCGAGGGAUGGGUUGAUUAAGAACAAGACCAUUGAGAUUGACAUAGGUUCAAGCUUCCCAAGUUUGUUUGGGCCCGACAUAGCAAAUCGCGUAUUAGAGGUGAUAAGGGAAGCAUACAAUGGCUGAGUGCCAAAUCAAUGCAUGCGUAAAAUGAAAUCUCGGCCUUGGGAAAUAAUUUAAGUAGCUAUUUUACUCGGUUCAAGUAAUUGAAAUAGGGUCUGAUCUUUUGUAAUUCAAAACUUAAUCCAACUGUUUGAGUGGGUUUAUUCAAAUGUUAGAUUCUAAUUUCUGUUAUUUUUUUUC